GGGGGCUGGCUAGAGAAAAAGCGGCCGCUGGAGCCCUGAAGGCAGCCAGCCUGCCUCCCAGCAAAGCUUUUAGGCUUCAGUAGGGAAUGCAAGAAGCCCAAAAUGGGGAAGAACUGGAGGCAGAAGAGGAAGAGUUGGAGGAACUGGGAAGCAUCAAUGAACAACUAAUAAGGAAACACCAGCUGCCACUCUCCGCACAGUCAGGCUUCAGCUAUGUUCCCCCCCGACGCAAAGAUCCCCCUGAACUCAGCUAUUUUCACCAAGAGAGCAAGACAGGAAGUGUUUCCCUGUAUGACUGCAUCUUUAAAAGACCCAUGGGCUAUGAUGAAAAACUCCACCGCUGUGACAGAGAACACGCCAAAAGCAGAGGACUUCAUAUUAAUGAUGAGGAAAAAGCAAGGCCUAUGGCCGUCUUGUCCUCCUCUGAAUAUGGGCGCCGCAUAGACAAGCCUGUGGAACAGCUGGCCCGAGACCAUGUGCGCAUUAAACACGUUCAGGCGGAAUUCUACAGGAAAAACGGAAUAGCUUGCUUGAUAGAAAAAUCAUCCAGAAACAUUGAAGCAAACUAAGGCUACUUGUUGUGAUUGAUAGCAGGGAAAAAUUAAUGUGCCUGGGUUUUGUUUCUGUAUUA